AUGGGCAUUGUUGACUAUUUCAGUCGCCCGCGUGGCCAUCAGGCACAUGGUGGUGAUGAAACACCUACCAUGGAACCCCCGAAAGUGAUUGAGCCUAAUAUAAUUUCUAGUCCUGACUUUUCGGGCGCUGUGACGCCUGCGCACAUGCUCCCUUCGCCAGCUGGCAGUGAGGAUACUCUUAUUUUCGAGAAGAUCCCGCAUCAGUUCGGCCGCCUGGGUUCUUGGAAAGGAUCUUUGAUUUUGCUUGUCACCUCCGGCUCUCAGUUUCUAGACAAUGUCUUCAUGACAAGCGCCAACAUAGCCCUGUCCUCUAUUCAACAGGAUUUUGACGUGUCUAGUACUGAUUUGCAAUGGAUGAUAUCUGCAUACACUUUGUCAUUCGGUGGCUUCCUUUUGUUAGCCGGUGCUUUGUCUGAUCGGUAUGGAAGAAAGAAAAUUUUGUGUCUAGGUCUUGCCUGGCUUUCUGUGUGGACUCUAGCCAUUGGAUUCGGGCAGUCGUUUAUUCAACUCACGGUGUUCCGUGGCAUUCAAGGAAUUGGAGCUGCGAUGACUGUGCCAUCUGCUAUUGGAAUCAUCAGUUCCUACUUCAGUGGUGUCGAUCGCACCCGUGCACUGUCAAUCUAUGGAGCCUCGGGAACUCUCGGAUUCUGUACUGGCCUCAUCUUUGGCGGUUUCUUGACCUCUUCGUUGGGCUGGAGAUACAUCUUCUAUCUGAUUGUCAUCAUCACUGGGUCCUUGGGGAUCCUAGGCUUUAUCGUUCUCCCAAGCGAUGUUCCCUCCGAAAAGAAGCACGAAAGAAUGGACUACAUUGGUGCAGUGAUGUCUACAGCAGGUCUGAUCCUGCUCCAAUUCGUCCUGUCCAGUGGUGGAACCUACGGCUGGGACCAGCCGUUCAUCAUUGUUCUACUGAUCUUGGCGGUUUGUCUUCUCGUUGGGUUCACAAUCUUCGAGAAAUACGUCAGCAACCCUAUCAUGCCCCUUUCUUUGUGGAAGAUUCGCAAUUUCGCCGGUCUCUGGGUUAUUGGUUUCACUGGCUAUGGCACCUACCAAAACGUUAUCUACUAUAUCGUCCUUAUGGCACAGGAAGUGGACAAGCUUUCGGCUGGUGAUACCGCGCUUCGCUUCUUGCCUAUGGGAGCGAUUGGCUUCAUUGUUUCUCUUGGAACAGGGAAACUGCUCGAAUUUAUGAAUGGAAAGCAUCUCCUCAUUGCCGGACUAGUUCUAGCUGUGGUCGCCCCCAUCUCAAGUGCUUUGACUUCCAAUCCUGAAGCAGGCUUUUGGCUCAAUGUCCUCCCCACAUCUCUCAUCAGUAUCUCAUCCGUGUCUUUUAUCUUUGUCACGACGAGCACUGUGGUACUUACAAGUGUACCAGUCGAAGUCAAGAGUCUUGCUGGAGGAAUGCUCAACACUGCUUUCCAAAUCGGCUCUGGUGUUGCAUUGGCUAUCUCAGCGGCUGUUACCAAUGCUGUCGACAUCCAGCAAAGACACAGUCUCGCAGAGCAAUACGCCACUGGUCUUUGGUGCUCUGUCGGUCUAGCCGGGCUAGGGUUGAUAAUCGGUUUGUUUGCGUUCAACUUUGGAAAUCUUACCUUCCUUGGUAGCAGUGCGAAUAUCAUCACCAUGAAUGGAACUGAGGAACGAACUAAACACGAGGGAACAGAGGACAGCAUGACCCAUGCUCCUCUGGACAUAUCUCAAUCUUCUAUCAGCAACCAUGUAAAGGUGCUCAUCAUCGGCGCUGGCUCGACAGGUCUCGCGCUGGCCCAUGGAUUGAAAAAGGCCGGGAUACCUUUUGUGAUUUUCGAAAAAGAAGAAGAAGAACCGACUGGUAAACGAAGCUGGAGUAUGGGACUGCACUGGGGCUAUGAACCGUUGCAAUACCUUGUGCCCGCAGACAUUAUGGCUGGACUCAAGGAGGCACAGGUUGACCGGCAUGUCCCUAUCGCAGAAAAUAAUCCACUACCCAUGAUCAACGGUGAGACUGGAGCUCUGAUCACCGAGCUCAAGUCGUCCAAAGUGUACCGCUUGCGCCGAGACAAAUUCCGGGCAAUGUUGCUUCAAGGUCUCGAUGUGCAUUGGGGGAAGUCUCUUUAUGAUAUUAUUCACUCCCCUGACGGCGAAAGGGUCACUGCAAAGUUUACAGACGGCACAGAAGUCAUUGGCAGUCUUCUAAUUGCCACCGAUGGUCCACAUUCGACCACACGCGCACUGCUAGUUGGGGAGAAAGCCGCCAAAGUCACGCCGAUUGAUUUCGCCACGACCAUAUGUUUUACCCAGCAUACGCGUGAGCACGCCCUUUUCCUGCGUGCCCAUCCCCACCAUCCGUUGUACCAAGUGGGCCCUCAUCCCGAGGGUUAUUGUGCCUGGCUGACCCUCCAUGACGGAGACGAUAUCGACCACCCGGAAAAUUGGACUUUCGGCCAUUAUAUCUCCUUCCCAGAACCGCGCGAUCAUGUCAAUAAACGAACCAUGCGGGAACAUGUUGCACACCAGAAGGAGUUGGCCCGUCGAUUUGUUGACCCCUGGCGCAGUGUCUUUGAUUGGAUGUCCCCUGAUAACGAUGGCUGGUAUUCCAAGCUUCGAAACUGGGACCCAAGUCUGCCGGAGCAUCGGUGGGAUAAUCGACAGGGCCGGGUAACUCUUGCAGGUGAUGCUGCUCAUCCGAUGACUUUCCAGCGUGGCCAGGGACUCAAUAACGCUAUGAAGGAUGCUUACACGGCAUGUAAGGCAAUUGAGUCAUUCUGGAACCAGGGUGACUUCACCAUCGAGGAACGAUCCGCGGCUAUACAGGCGUACGAGGAGGAGAUGGUCAUGCGGACAGGCGAGGAAGUUCGCUUGAGUGAGCAAACCACUGUAAAGAUACAUAAUUGGCCUAGUGUUAUGCAAAGUCCCUUGGUGGAAAGUGGGCUGGGAGUCAAAGCUAUGUAA